AUGGCUCCGAUCAGUCGUGUCGCUGCCUUCUUAGCGCUCAUUGUGAAGGUCAACGCCGACUUUCCUUGUGGUGAUUAUGACCUGUCGCCCGCAGCAGGCAACCCCGUGUGCGGUGUGGAUCAAUCAGCCUGUGACGAGACAAUCUGUUGCGCAGCAGGGACGAGCGCCCCGACCUCUGCACCGACGCCCAUGCCUCCGACCGAUGCGCCGACGCCGGCGCCUCCGACCUAUGCGCCGACGCCGGCGCCUCCGACCUACGCACCGACGCCGGCGCCUCCGACCUACGCACCGACGCCCGCGCCGACGGCUGCGACGGCUGCGCCGACUCCGGCGCCUCCGACCUACGCGCCGACGCCGGCGCCGACGGCCGCGCCGGGGACGCCAGCGCCGACGGCCGCGCCAACGGCCGCGCCGACGGCAGUGCCGACGGCCGCUCCGACGGCCGCGCCGACGGCCGCGCCGACGCAUGCGCCGACGAGUGCACCGACAGCUGCGCCGACGCCGGUGCCUCCGACCCACGCGCCGACGUCGGCGCCGACGGCCGCGCCGACGCCGAUGCCUCCGACCUACGCACCGACCCACGCACCGACGGCCGCGCCGACGCCGAUGCCUCCGACCUACGCGCCGACGCCGGCGCCUCCGACCUACGCACCGACGCCCGCGCCGACGGCUGCGCCGACCCACGCACCGACGGCAAUGCCGACGGCCGCACCGACGCCGAUGCCUCCAACAAACGCGCCGACGCCGGCGCCGACUAGCGCCUUCACGUGUGAUGACUACGACAACCUACCCGCCGCGAGCUUCGGGAAGCGCGACGUCGUCGGCGCCACCUCGGCCAUCAUGUGCGUCCUCGCCGCAAUGUGGGCCUAA